UCAGAUGAAACAGGAAGUGGGACCAAAACAAAGGAGCGGCGGCCGGGAGCGGACCUAUCUCCUUCUGCUUGCCUUUCGCCCUUCUCGGCCUUGGCCGCCGACCCGAAGGAGCCGUCUGACCAUGUCCAACAUGGAGAAACACUUGUUCAACCUAAAGUUCGCGGCCAAGGAACUGAGCAGGAGUGCCAAAAAAUGCGACAAGGAGGAAAAGGCCGAAAAGGCCAAAAUUAAGAAGGCCAUUCAGAAAGGCAACAUGGAAGUUGCGAGGAUACACGCCGAAAAUGCCAUUCGCCAGAAGAACCAAGCGGUGAAUUUCUUGAGAAUGAGUGCGCGGGUCGACGCGGUGGCUGCUAGAGUUCAGACAGCGGUGACAAUGGGCAAGGUGACCAAGUCGAUGGCCGGUGUGGUUAAGUCAAUGGAUGCGACGUUGAAGACCAUGAAUCUGGAGAAAAUCUCUGCCCUGAUGGACAAAUUCGAGCACCAGUUUGAGACGCUAGACGUCCAGACGCAGCAAAUGGAAGACACGAUGAGUAACACGACGACUCUGACCACUCCCCAGAACCAAGUGGAUAUGCUGCUCCAGGAAAUGGCAGACGAGGCCGGCCUAGACCUCAACAUGGAGCUGCCGCAGGGGCAGACGGGCUCUGUGGGCACGAGCGUGGCCUCGGCAGAGCAGGAUGAACUAUCUCAGAGACUGGCCCGCCUUCGGGAUCAAGUGUGAUGACAGAACCCACUCAGGUUUCCUGGCCGUGGCCACCUUCUGAAAUGCUCUCUGUAUAUUAAAGAGAUACUAUUCACUAGAAACUCUGAACGUGCCAGAAUGCUGAAAUGCUCUUAAGAUGCUUCUUCUAUCUGUGGGUUUACAGUGCUCUCACAUUAAGAAAUUACAGGCUUUCUCCACUCUUAACUGGACUUUAAAGUUCUGUAUAGCUUGUGAUGAUGUGUAUUUUUAUAGCCGCCUUUUAACAGAACUAGUUAAUUUGGUAUGAAUCUCUAAAAUUUUUCGUUAAAACUCUAGUUCUUGUGUAUUCGUUUUCUACCUGAACUAUCAAAAUUGAAGGGGUUUUUUAAAUUGGGCCUAAUUAUAUAAUACGUAAAAUCGCCCCAUGGUUCGUAAAAAUUACAGGAGAAUGAUAACUUUGAUUACAGGGCCAUCAGCCCCUCAUUAAGUUUAUUUAAUGGAUAGUGCUAUUUCUGUGUUAUCCUUUGUAUUUUGCCCCCAAAUCGAGACUACAGUUGACUAUUAAUCUGUUCUUAUAACGUACACUAAAAUUACCGUAGGACAUUCUUGCAUAAUACUUUGUUUACGUUCUAAAUUUUCCUGGAGUGGUAGUUAGCUUUACUGGAAAAAAAUGCCACAUAACUUCCAUUUACUAGAAGGAAAAAUUAAGUUUGCUUAUUUAUAUUUUUUAUUUACUAACGAGCUUUUUAAAAGACUUGCAAGGUUUAACAUAUGACAGUUACUUUCAAAAGAACUCAUUUUCAGUUAUUUUCGUAUUUCAACACUUUUAAUUAGAUUAAAUUUUUAUUUUAUCUUACAAAGUACAUUCAUUAGCGUGACAGUCACAUUACUCGAACAUUGCCAAAGGAACUGUUGAUUGGUUUGAGAAAGCCCAGGAACCACGUAUUUGUAGGUUUUAACAACCAAAAAUACAAAAAUAAAAUUAGAACUGCGGUGUUUAAGUUAUAAUUAUUUGUAUUUUUUUGUUGUUUCCUGUGGGGUUUUUUUGCCUUAAGGCAACAAUUUAAAACCUUGGAAAUUAAGUUGGAAUAUUUUACUAUGCAUGUCUUAGCCAUGCAAGUAACUUGAAUAUACAUGGUGCCACCUGGAAGUCUGGGAAGAAGGAAAGAUGCAGGUUGGAUAGCAGGCUUGACCCUCCAAGGCUAGAGGCCAGUUGUGCUGCCUUUCCAUGUUUCUGGAAUGGCAGUGUGUAUUCUCUGCCUGAAAAGUAAUGCCUGUAGCCACGACUUUCUCAUAGACUCAAGACAGAAUAAGGACUUGAUUUUGCCUUGGCAAGUAUAUUAACCCAAGUUAAAUACUUAAUGAUAUUUUAAAUCCUCCCUUUCCUUCACCAGAAGAUUUCUCCAUAAGAGAAUUCUAGUGUUUCAGAAAAUAAUUAUAGGCACUCUUCCAAGCCCUUUGAAAGAUUCAUAAACAGGUGUAUGUAUGCAGAUAAAGACUGACUCUUAUAUCUAAGGCUCUUUGUUUCUGACUGGAUGUUCCCAAGUCUUACAUAUUUGCCAAUUGUCCUGCAUCUUUCUAGAACUCGCCCCUUUUGGUGUCUCCUUUUAUCCACAUGGUUACACAGAAGCAGCUAUGUAUAUGUACAGCAUGUGUCUUAACCCCUCUUUAGACUGAAAAAAAUAAUUACAACUUAAAAAAUAGCUUAAUAUUGAAUCCUUUGGCAAAUUGAACACCCUUUUAUAGUCCAAAUAUUCCCACCAAAAUUAAUACAUUUUAUGAGAUUAAACAAUGCUUGUAUAGGCUAGAACUUUCUUAAAAUAUGUUCAUUUCAAAUUAUGAUUGUACAUUUUUAUGACCAUAAAUAUUAUUUUCCAAAGCAUAGUAGGCCCAUGAAUUAUUUCCCCCUUUUGCAGUUCAUGAAAUGCUGAAAUGUAAACCACAGAAUUUUGUCAAAUAAAUCAUUUUAAACUGCA